GGUGCGACAAUGCAGUUCCUAUUGUUGAUUACUACUACUGGCGGUGCUGUUGUUAGUGGCAUGUUUCGAGCGAGAUGGCAUGCUCUGUUUUGUGAUGUUAUAAGCGCUGUUAUCGACGCUGUUGAAAAUCGAAUCGAGACGGGCCGUCGAAAGACGCCCCUCUCCCGGUAGCAGCUGGUGAGUGCUGGUGGUGCAGUACCUCCGAACGAAUAGCAACGGUAACUCUGCGGCAUCUCAUCUCCGACACCUUAAUGGAAAGGCCUGUGACAAAGCUCUGACUGCAACACGCUUGAUCAGGUGGAUAGGAUGAGCAAGAUGGAAAGCAGCAUCAUUUGUAUAGCGUAUCUUCUAUAGUUCCGUAGACGCCCUCUCUAUGUCGCGUCUUGACGCACGCGAGAUAGUUGCGCUAGCGCCAACGUAAGGCGGCCACAGGUUGUGGGGCCCUUCGCCAUACCACCGCAACCAUGGCGGUCCCCCGCAUAGAGAAUGCGGUCGCACUUCACAUUAUCUUAGUUGCGGCCGUUGGCCUGGGCCUCUUCGUCAGCAGAAGGAUGAUCGACCCAGCUCGUUUGUUGGUACCAUGCAACGAUAACUCGAUUUCUCUGCCGCUGAAACAAGAAACCGUUACUACAGCACACAUUAUUGCUUACAUCUGUCUUAUUCCUCCUCUCAUUAUCCUGAUUACCGAAUUUCUGCGAUGGCAUCUCGACGACGAGGAAUGGUUGCCUGUCAAGCAAAUGACUCUGUUUAGCCUUUGGGUACCAAAGUUAGUGCAGUCCCUUUAUAUCUGCAUUGGAAAUUUUCUUUAUGGAGCGGCACUAACCAUGAUGACAGUUGAACUCGGAAAAAAAAUUGCUGGUCGCCUAAGACCACAUUUCAUCGAUGCGUGUAAGCCUACCAACCUUGUGCAGUUUUGUGAAGCCAGCAGGACCCAGCAAUACACUGUGGACCUCAUCUGUUCAAAUAAAAGAGGAGAAAUCAAUGCCAGGGAAUCAUUUCCAUCUGCUCACGCUGCGGCUUCUUUUUACAUCGCUGUCUACCUUCUGACUUACCUCCAAUUGCGAAUGUCAUGGAAGUCAGUGAUUGUGCCUGUUAUGCGGCCGAUGAUGCAGUUUGCGUUUAUUCAAGUGGCUUUUGUUAUUGCCCUAACAAGAGUGCGUGACCAUUACCAUUUCUACUCUGACGUCGCGGCCGGCGCCAUCCUGGGAAUUCUCUGCGCCUUUAUCACGUACUUUGAGAAGAUUUUCUACCUCAAACAAUUGGGACAGACCAAAGGAUUCCUCAAGACGAUCUUACCAUUGACAAGCAAUGAGCCUAGACGAUGCGAACACAGCGCGCAGAAAGAAUCUUGUUCUAAUGUCGAAGGCCACUUGCCAUAUAUAAAGAGUAAGCACAAGAGGCAGGAUGUUUUCGCGCGCUUCGCCUUCAACCUCCCAAAAGCUAGGCCACAUUCACUGAAUAGCCAACCGUCGAUCGCGGGGCAAAACAAUGAAGAUAUCGACUGAAGCCAAAAGUCAAGUUGCUAACAAGACCUUCUAGAAUCAGCUCAGUUCGUCACUACACGUACACAACAGGCCACUUAGUGACAUUCCAGCGUUACUUGCUGCAGCACUUCCAAGCUUCCAUCAUAUAUGUAGGACAGCAUUAUGUAUCACUAUCGACAAAUCGAUGUUUGGUUUGUGCGUUAUAAGUGAUAUUAGACCGAAUCAACAGGUCGCUGCUCAUUCCACUGUUCUUUUAAGAAGGCCUGUUUUACUUUACUGUGCUAUUGUUAUGAUCCCCGCAUUAGGUGGCCCAAGUUGUGUAACCUUUUUUAAUACAAAAUAAAGCCAGCAGUACUCAUAUGAAAAUGCUAGAGAUCCACCGUGGAAAAUGCUUGUAGCUAAAUCGGAUUGGAAUAUGGUAAUAUGUCUAUUAUGUCGGCGAAACCAUUUGAAUGUUCUGACAUUACGAACUCGCGCAGAUGGACCUCACGGCUUCCGCAGAAGUGUCCGAAAGAACCCCGAGCAAAAAACUAUGAGGCAGUCCAUGCUGAGAUUAAAAACCAGAAAUUAAAUCGUUUGACGAAGGUCAUACUUCCCGUCUUCUUUAAAUAUAUAAUUAGGCGUCCUAGUGUAUGCUAUGCGCUCGCCACACUCAAGCGACUUUGACGCUCUAAUUUCAUCAUUGUGUUUAUCAAUGACUCAUUAUCGUAUUUAGACAUAAUACGUGUGACCGUGAACUCAAUAUCUUCUAAACGUUAAUAGUGUAAAUAAAACUUUAAUAUAGAAGAGGCACAUUGCGGUUCUUCUUCUUAUUGACUGAACUGUGUGAUAUCUCCUGUUUUAAUAAUUUAUACAACAUUCUUUCUUCCCAAUAUAAGGUUCGUAUUUUACUAUGUGAAAUACUGCUUGAGCUAGCCUAAAAGGCAAUAAGUACGUUCGUACUGAUACUGGACACUUUAGUAGCUCGGUCAUUACGUAUUCUUCAAUUUUUACACCAAUUUCUUAAACAACGAAAAUUCUAGAUUUUGCUACUUAGAACACAUGUAUCAAAGUUUCAAUUUUUCUAUUGGGCUACCCUUAAAUAAUUUUCUAACGACGUAACUUAGGGCCUUGUCCUACUAUCUCCCCGAUUUACCGCUUUUUCCUAGUGUUAUAACUUCGACAUUGUGAGUGGAAAAUUUUUGCUAACGUUAUUUAUACAGCUUUCUCGUUCCCAUCUGAACCUCAUUCGAUACCUGCUUAUCUCCCGAAACACUUAUGUGUGCGGUAUUUCACCAUUUAGAACCUGUCCCUAUACUUUCUAUUAACAACCAACGGCCAUAGUGUAACUAUCAUUCUAGCUAUUGAUUAAUGUAAAAUGGAUCAUUAUUUCACUUCUCGCAAAAAUAACUAAUAUUCAACAUAGUGAUAGGCUUUGAGAAUUUUAAAGACAUGGCACGGUUUCAUGAGAACGGCCUAUUUG